AUGGGCGUCAGCUCCGCCGAGCUGCGGCCGAGGAGCCUUCUCGUGGCCAGGACGAUGCUGGUCCUGGCGAUGCUGCUCAUGGUGCUGUGCAUCGGGGUCGCGGCGUUCUUCCAGGGGCGGCGGCAGAUCGAGCGCGCGCUCAGCAAGGUUUUCCGAGGGCCGACCUCGAGCCUGGAGAAGGUCCACCGCGGCGCGGAGCAGCUGGGCCACCUGGCCGACGCCUCCAUGCGCGGCACCGUCAGCUUCGCGCGGAACGUGACCGAGUUCAGCUGCCGCAUGUCCUUCCUCUGCGCCCGCGCGGGUGCGCUGCGCAUCGAGCGCGGCGGGGCCGCUGCCGCGCCGCUGCCCAGGCCCGCAGGGGGCGAGGCCCUCGAGCGGAGGCCGCGGUCGCAGAGCCGCGGCGCUGGCGGCUGCCAGGGCGGCGUGCGCAGGGGCCCCGUGGCGAGACGCCGGACGAGCCGCGGCGUUGGCGGCUUCCAGGGCGACGUGCGCAGGGGCCCCGUGACGAGGCGCCUCACGAGCCCGACCAGGGCUGCCGCCGCGAUGCUGAUUCCGCUGACGUCGGCCGCCGCCGCCGUGGCGCCGUGCUGUCCGCGGGCCUACCGAGUGGCUAGCGCCCCGCGGCCUGGGCUCGGACGCCUGCCGCAGCCGCCGCGCCUCGCCUGCCCGCCGCGCGCCGAGGCCGCUGGGACCCCCGCGCCUCGCGACGCCGGUUGUGCGUUGGCCUUGCUGCAGCUGCUCGCCGCGCGCGCGUCCGGGCAGGUGGCCUCGAAGCUCCAGGCGGACUCGGACGCCGCGGUGGCGGAGGACGCCGCGGAGGCCGGCUCAGGAGACCGCGUCGUCUUGUCGGCCAGGGAGCCGGCCAACUCGCUCGUUGCCGUGCCGUGCUCCGGGCUCGUUCGGUACGGUCGCUACUGA